AUGGAUGGAACUGAUCGUAACCCACCUGCCACUAAUCAAGCUGAUGGGAUACAGCAGGGUCCUCAAAAUAGACAAGAUAAUGAAACGAACAACGAAGCUGCCGGUAUUCAAAAUGCACGUCUAUGCAUAGAACAAUGGUGUAAACGAUAUAAAUAUUGGAUCGCUCUGCAUUGUUGUUAUAUUUGCAUUGUUAUAGUUGGUGUAACAAUAGCUUUUAUUGCAAAUAAGGGGCAACAUGACUCACAGCGUCCUCAACCUCAAUAUGCCAGUUUCGAUCUAAAAACAAGCGGUUACAGUGAAUUAGAUGAAAAAACUAUCUUACAGUGGGUGAGAGUAGAAAAUCAGAAUGAAGGCAACAUUAUAUUGGUUAAUGGAUCUUACAUUUUAAUACCACAAGAUGGCAGGUACGAAAUAGAUGGCUCAAUGCAGAUGUACAUUCCACCAAAUACUCUUGCAUUUCAUAUAAUUUUGAACUUAAAAGAAAAGAAGGGUAAAAUCCAGAGACGGAUUAAAAAGAGUACAAAAUACUUAACUAUACCAGAACAUCUUCCCAUACCAUUUACAUUUCAACACAAAUUAAAAGCUCAGGAUCUAAUCUGUGUGGAGAUGAACAAGGCUAGGUUUAUCAGCCGGGAUAAAGAUACAAGCUAUUUGACCAUCACUAACUUAGACUAAAAUAGUCUUCAAAGAAAUGUUGGUACUAUGCAUUAGACACAGAUCAACCAUUUCCUUAAAAGUGUCUCUUUGACUUUAAAACAUUUUGUGAAUAAGGGGUUCUUUUGAAUUCUU